CAACAACAACAACAACAACAACAACAGCAGCAGCAGCAGCAGCAACAGCAGCAACAACAACAACAACAGCAGCAACAACAACAACAGCAGCAAAUGCAACAACAGCAACAACAACAACAACCACAACCACAACCACAACUAAUGCAACCACAACAGCAACCGCAACCACAACCAAUGCAACAGUCAUUGCAGCAACAACAACCACAUGCACAACAACAACAUCAGCAAGUUCAACCAUCAUCAAUACCUCAAACAGUAGGUCAGACACAACCGAUUCACCAUAUGACCAAAACUCCUUCUACUGGGAUAUCUCCUACAAAUGAUAAUAUGGUGGUCUCUUCACAAAAUAUGACUCCUGUUACACAACCCAUGUUGAUAAACACGUCAAGAUCUUCUAUGGUCAAUAAAAGAUAUUCCACUGGUCACGCCGUUCUUCGAUUAUUACAAUUUGCUGAACAACUUAGUCCUGGAGACCAAGCGUUGAACCGAGCUUUUUGGGAUGGUUUUAUUGGUGACUUUUUUACGAUCUCAAGUCAAACGAAACUAGGUUUGAGGAAUUCUGAAACGGAUGAACAAAAACCAUACUAUAUGUCGCAUUAUUCCAUGGCCACCUUCUUUUAUACUUUAUAUGAAUGUGGAGUAUCAUCUAUUCAACUUACUCUGGAACAAACAAUGGAAUAUAUUCUACCAGGUGGACAAAUGAAUGUGGAAUGUCCAAGAGCCAAUUUUAUUUAUCGUUAUAAUAAUGGAUCAUUAGUGGCUUCUACUGGUCAUUUAUGGGUUCGUUUCUCUUUGACACAAGAAGGUAUUUGGAAAAUCAAACAUUUUGAAUUUGCAUGUCAAGCAAAUGAAGAAUUCAUUGCUCGAUCACACUUGGUAUUAAACAAAGAUGGGUCAAAAUUGAAGAAAUCGGGAAAACAAGCAUUACCAGAAUCACCAAUUAAUGCAUGGGGUUUACCAUCAAAAGCAUAUCAUAUCAUGCAGAUGUUAGAUGUUGCUGUACAAUUGGAUGAUAUAGUUUUCUAUUCUUUGAUGACUGGCACUACAUCAAAAGAUAGUUUGAAUGCCUUGGCAUACAAUUAUGAAUUACAAAUGAACACCAAGGAUUCAAUCAUGUCAAACUCUACUGCACCAUUGACACCAACGACUAAUACCACCUCAAUACCUAUUGACAUGGAUGCGAUGAAAUCUCCUUCUAGCAAAAAGAAAAUGACUAAACGACCGAGCAUGUCAAGACGAAAAUCUUUAAAAAAUGAAAAGUCUAUCAAGGAUGAAUCUUUGGAGGAAGAUGAUUUGGGAAAAAUGAAUAGUGGGGUACAGAAUGGAAAUCAAGCUGUAUACGGUGGUAUGAACAAUGGACCUGAUUCUCCGGUAGUGAAAACACAAAGUGGACCUCGUCAAGCUCCUCAAGCAUACCCUUUACAACAACAACAGCAACAACAACAAGCAUUUUUCCAACAUCAACGAAAACUGAUCCUACAGCAACAAGCAUUUCAGCAACAGCAAGCCAUGUUUCAAAUGCAACAUCCAUCUGCGGCUUUGGGUCCUCUUCCUAUGACUCAAUCUUCUGAUCUUCUUACACAAAUGUCAUACCCUCCUCAUCAAGCAUACCCUGGCUCUUUUGGUUCUCAACAAACAACUCAACAACUUCAAGAAAUGGAUGAUUAUCUUCAAAGUCCAAAACAAUCAAAAAAACGAAGUAAUUCUAUUAGUGAGGCCAAGGAAUCGCCAAUAUCAAGGAAAAAAGGACUUUCGACACCAACACCUACAUCCAAAUAGGAUAUCAUACAUUUUGGAAACAAUCUUCUAUAUUCAUUCUAUAUAUCUUUAAUCUAUGUAUACACUCCACUAUUUAUUCUUCAUCUCUAGUGCUCUCCUUUUUCAUUCGUUGUAUAUUUGUCAUUAUUCGCGUCUUGUUGACUCAUUCUCUUCUCUUUCUCUCUCUCUCUCUUUUUUUUAUCCCCCUCUCCCAUUUAUCAAUAUAUAUAUAUAUAUAUCUAUUCUUUCC